AUGCCUCUUUUUAUCGAGGCAAUUGACAGUGGUCUUCUUCCUGGCGACCUCAGAGAAAGGUUGAAUCAUGCCAGCGAGCUUUGGCCUGGAGAUCCUCGAUCAGCCAUUGAUUGGUUCCUCGAGGGAGGAAACAUACCAACGGACACCAUUGUCGCCAUGACUUUCGUAAGAUCGCUCUUGUUUUACUUUGACGACGAGGAGUACGUUUGUGGUCAACUUCUGACACUCUUGAGCUCCUAUACUCUUGAAGGCCUGGCAUCAUUGCUUUUUCCCCGCAGUCUGUUGGAUCAAAAAGUGACAGCAACGCCGGCCAACUUUCCAUAUAAUUGGACAACCACCAAUUUAACAAUUGCCAAAUUGGAAGAAGUACGCGCUGAGUUCCUCGAUAAUCACUCACUUAUCGUGUUGCUUAUCCUGCUCAGAGAGGGCAAGUUCUCCAUCAAAGAGCGCCCUCAACAAAUUGCCGAUUGCAUUCUGACCGCGAUGAUCGGUGACGAGCUUGAAAUCGGAUCGCUCGAGCUUUUAGUCUAUGUGAAAAAAGCCUUCCCAGACUUGAAAGACGCCGAAUUCUCAGCCGCGAUUGAAUUUAUCAAAACUUUAAAAAUCCUCUCAAGUCUCGUUGAAGACCCUGAAGACGUGGUGUAUCUCUAUAAUUCCAACUACCAUUCUGUGCGAAGCAUCACAGCCCAGUCAAAGAGCAACUUUAAGAAUUCUUUGGUCACAGCUGGUACCAGCGUCGAGAGUUCACUCAAGAUAUAUGACUGUGCAGAACGUGUCGAUUGCUGGAACGAGCAACUCUGGUUACAUUUGAUGAAUUCCCGUAGAGCAGAUUCAGUCAUGAUUGACCCUUAUUUCGAGGGGGAGAUCACAAAUGUACCAAGUGAUGAAAGUUGGAUGGGCAAAUCUCAUAACAAUCUCACUGAUAUCUUCCGGCUCGAAGAUACGACUUGUGAGGAAUGUUGUUCUAUCACCUCCCUUUCUGCCUAUUUCGCCGAUCUUUUGAGCUUGCUCAGUAACACGACGCCGACGGGAACAAGCCCACAAUAUGAUGACCCGCCAGGCACUCGAAAUAGUCUGCUGAACAUCCUGUCACAGCGGCGUCCGGAUCUUAGGAACCUUGAACUUACCUGUGCAAAUUCGCAGACUUUGAUCCCAUACAUCAGUCUUGUGAACGAGGUGCUUGAGUCUUUCAUCCGCCAUAAGUGUCUUGGUUCGCCAGAUUCUAUUCGAGUAUUCAAUACUCCCAUUGAUGCUCAAGACGAUGAGCAUUCUCCUACACCACUCAAUCUGCCAGGGAACACAGACUACGAGGUCUAUUCCAAGAUCAUCUCAAAGCAAAGAUUCCCCUUUACCUCCUUUCCAUACGAUCAGGCGCGCAAUAUGGUACUCUCUUACUUUGACAUUUUUCAAGUAGCCCAUUGUGACUUCGUUGACAAAUUCCAAGCACCAGAGACAAUUCUGCAAACAAUAAAAGCAACAACUACAGAUGAAGUGAAGAGAUCGCUGAGCUUGGGAGCGAAAGAAGUCUUGGAGAGGCAAAGAGCUGCCGAAACACUGGGCCUGCACCAGAUGGAAUUCGCAGCUAUUACCGGAGAAAGCUUCUACCCACAAAUCUUUAGUGACCUCCUUAAAGGUCUUUCAAGUGACAGUAUCAUUGAUACGAGAAUACAGGAGCAUGAGUUCUGCCAGAUGUGGGGUUAUGAGGAUGAUGAAACCAUGUUAGGCGCUGCCGAGGGCUUAACACAGAUCAAAGAUCAAUUGAUGCAGAGGUCCGGGCUGGAGUUUCAAGAUGUCCUUGACCUUGUAAAGACUCAGCUUUUCGAUCAACAGCUGGUUAUUACCAACGAAGCUGGGUCUAACGAGUUCACUGAAUCACUUGCAGAGCUUCGACUGCUAUCGAACGCAUCGAGUCCACCGUUCCAGCCUCUUACUUCAAACAUAUGCCGAAACAUUCAAUCCUUCUUGCGUCUGAAGGCCAGGCUUGGGUGGUCAACCAAAGUACUCGAUGCUGCUAUCCACUGCUUACGUAACAGAGAAAUGGAGAGCUCGCCGUCUUUCAGAUCAAAUACUGUAUCCCAAGUCGCUUCUAUUUCUGUAUACGUCAUUAAAGGAAUUGCUUCUAUCGUGAAGCUCAGUGACCUGUGUGGAUUAGAACCUGCUGCUCUUGUUCCCCUAUGGGGUCUCAUCGAUUCAUUUGGCGACGAGUCUCUCCUUCAUCGCAAAUUUCUCAGCGCUUCUCUGGGAGAAAUAUUCGCCGUUCCCAAAGAUGGUGCAUACUUCCAGCCUGGAGGGAAGGUAGUUAAAAUUCAAGAAUGCGGUGCGAGCAUUUGUGCAAGCCUCAACUGGCGUUUUGAAUACAUCAAUGAUCUGCUCGAAGCCACCAAUCUUGCAAAUGAUGACCUGAAUAUCGAGACCUUUUCUAUCUUGUAUCGAUAUGUUACUAUAUGUCGAAUGCUUUCUGUUCCUCCCAAAUAUUGUGUGCCAUUCUUCAAGAUCUUCUUCGACAGGGAAGAUCCCUUGGCAAAUCCCAAUAAGACGCUUUCUACUAUUACGAAUUGGACAACUUUAUUAAACUCAGGCUGGACUAUUGAAACACUUGUACUAGCUCUUGGGAAACCUGCGAGUGAUGAGAGCAGUAUUACUGGAGGAAACCCUGGACAAAAGCUUACGGGCGCGAUACUAGAUGGAACCAAAGACUUGAGAAAAUCACUUUCAUCCCUUUUCAAUGGAGCCAUUCCUACUCAUGAAACUAUCGUCGAAUGUGCGGCACGUACAUUUGACUCAAUUACGGCCAGCCUGGUCGUUGAAUUUGUCGAAGGGUCUCAGAUUCGAACCACUAUCACAACCCUUGACACACAGCAAAAUCUACAGAGCCUCAUCAAUAAAUCCAAAAACUGGUCAGCCAAAAUUUCGGUAAUUCCCUCCUCAACAGCAAAUAAAUGGUCUGCCCAAUUCAAACUCGCAGGCAUAUUGACAGCGAAUGAGAAGCAGCAGAUUCUAGAUGGAUGUGCAGAAUUUCCUACUCCCAGCCCCUCUGUGAAUGACAUUUCGAUUGAGGCCGAAGCGCAAGUACAGGCACGACGAGCUGCUUUUGUCGAAAUGGCGAAACCUGUGAUUGUUCAAGAUACUCUCACAACAUCUAUUCUCAAUACCAUGAAAGAUCUUGUGGAAGGUGUUGAUAUAACAGUUCUAUCAACCCUUCUCACAGACACUGUGAAGGUAUCAACAAACGAAAACAGUGCACUCGAAUCAGCUAUGGCAGCUCUCAAACAGCUCAGCGUACCAGUUGAAAUCAUGACUAACGCAAAGACGCUAGAUGCAUACUUCACACCCAUGACAACAGAUGAUUUCAAACUGCACUAUACUGGUGCGUUGAAUAGCACUAUCAGUCUGAUGAUAAAUGGGAUCGAGGUGCCGUUUGAUACCAACUCGAAAACAUGGAGCGCAUUUCGCAUGAAUGCCAGACAGCCAUAUCUUCUAAAGAGUAGCAUUCCCCCAUCCCAAAUCUCAUGGUCAACAUGCAGAUCAAUGACGACACCCUUCACUGAUGAAGAGCUCCAGCCAUCAACAUCUAUCCAACGAGCAACAUUGAUUUUAGAGGCUAUUCAAAGAGCAGUGUGUAUUUGCCAAGCUGCAAAGCUCACGACAUCAGAGCUCGAAUAUAUCGACAGAGCGGGAAAAACAGAAGAUGAGAUGCUGUCAAUGAAUCUUAAUACACCUUCUCUCAUGAGCUUGGUGCAGCUCCAAGAGUACCGCGAGUUGAGGGAUAAUAUAAUGAUCGCGGACAGUGACCUAAUCAGCCUUUUCUCGUGGCUAUACAACCCUAAGAAUCCAGAUGUGAAGACAAUUGCAACCAAAAUCGCAGCAAGCACUGGUUGGAAAGACACGUUGGUAGAAAGCGUCCUCAAUGCAAAAUACCCAAAUCAUACUCCUGCGGAUCUUGUAGCAGUAUUGCGCAACCACGAUUCCUUUGUCAACCUUAGAGCCAUUCUUGCUUUCUACGAGGGUUUGGGUAGCGCAUCUGAUGUUACCUCCAAGCCUCUUAUGACAGAAUUGUUUUACCUUGCAAAACCUCUAUCACAGCUCAACAGUGGAGAUACAUACAUGGAAGCCGCCAAGAAUCUGCAAAAGAGAUUGACACCUUCACAACGAGAGGCGUCAGAUGAAGGACUAAUGGAGAGCCAGCGCAAGACACUCGUAGCUUAUCUUCUGCAACAAAAGUUCAUCACCCAAGACCUUGGUAUUUGGGAUGCAGAUGGACUGUUUGAGUAUUUCUUGGUCGAUGUACAGAUGGGGCCACAAAUUCGAACUUCACGCAUCAAGACAGCUAUCUCGGUCGUGCAAAUGUUUGUUCAACGAUGUCUUCUUGGAAUGGAAGAAGGAGUUUCGAAGUCAGUUCUAGGUCAUGAAAAAUGGGAUUGGCUACAACAAUACACUCUCUGGGAGGUACAUAGGAAGAUCUUCUUGUAUCCCGAGAACUGGAUCGACCCAUCGCUACGAGACGACAAAUCCGAGCUUUUUGACCAGUUUGAAGCCACCUUAAUGCAGAAAGACUUAAGCAUCAAAACGUUUCUCCAAGCUAUCCAGAGUUAUUUGUAUGAUCUAGAUGGAAUUUCAAGUCUCGAUAUAGUCGCGUAUGUUCAUGAACCGCAACCAGCAGCCUCAGAUAUCUUUCACUUGUUUGGCCGGACUCGCAGUGGGCCAUAUACCUUCUACUACCGCACUCUGACAAGAUUGAGGACCGCCGAGGUAUUUUGGCAACCAUGGUCCAAGGUCGAGGUCGACAUUGCAUCAAUUGAGACGGAAUGGGAGGGCCAAAGACUUGUGGAUACAGGCAGUUAUCUCCUCCCAAUAAUGAUCAAAGGUAGGCUGUACUUAUUUAUGCCAUCGAUCGUGCCCAAGACGUUAGUGAAGAACAUCUCAAGUAUGAGCCGUGUAACUACUUUUGACGCUCUGCGCAAUGAAAAUCCGAACUUAGCAGAGCCUGUGCGCAUCUGGGAAAUAACAAUGGCGUGGACAGAGUUCGUCAACGACACUUGGGCACCGAAGAGGGUUUCCUCUGGCAGUCUUAGUGUGGGCUUAGAGGCAUCUUCAGCCCAACUACGGGUCGAUCCCACAUUACAAGACAAUACUUUGACACUUCAAGUCAGUUAUGGUGAGGCUGGCAAAACCACUUCCAAGGCCAUUGGUUCAUUUAUAUUCUGCAAUGACCAAAUAAGCACUUCGAACACCGUGUCAACUUCUACCAAGACAGGCUCAUUUGCAACAUACUUUCAAAAAGCAUUGAAACAAGGAAUGGAUCUCGAAUCGCUCCCCGGAGGCUCCAAAUAUACCAAUUCCGCACCUCUGAUUUGGGUGCCACCUGAGCUGGAGAGUACCAAUGGGGCUUCGGAUGUCUGCUGGACUUUGUCAAAGUUACCACAGAGGGUGACAGGACUUGUUGUCAGCGCAAAAGUUAGUGAGGGCAGAAGAGCAAGUUUCUUCAAUAUACCAAAGAUGGAGCUUCUUAGUUCGACAUGGACCAAAGACGUCAUCAAGAACAAUACGGAACUUGUUUCUAUUGACCACAUAUUUUCGCACGAACUCAUGGAAGCUACCGCUGACCGAAUUGAUCCACUACGCUGCUUGUAUAACAAGAUAGCACAGCUGCCUGCUGGUGUGAUGAGAGAAAGUUUUGGGGCUGGUAGUCAUGAGGCAUGGUAUCAUGAGCUGGGACGUCCUACCGCUCUUUACAAUUGGGAGGUUGGCCUACACACAGUGCUAUUGGCAGUCGAUCGAUUUUCUGCCACCCAGCAAUACGAAGAAGCAUUGGAAGUUGCAAGACUGGUCUUUGAUCCAUCUGCUGAUCUAGAACUAAACGUGGAUGACAAAUCGACCUAUCGAUCAUGCUGGCGAUUUCCUCCGUUCCAGGAAAUGGCACGACAAAUUGCCAUCCGGGGUGAGACUUCAUUUGAUCCUUUGAACCUUGACCAUUUAAGCAAAGAAAUCCAACUUGCCAUUAAGGAGCGUCGUUCAUACGGUUCACUUGUACAUGCCGCGGCCAGGGGAAGACCAAUCAGUUAUAUGAAAUGGAUAGUGAUGAAGUACGCAGAGAUCCUCAUCGCGAUGGGAGAUGUUUAUUUCCGUCGAGCUUCUCUUGAAAGCCUGCCGAUAGCUACGCAGCGAUACAUCGAGGCUGCGCGAGUACUGGGACAGGAGCCGCCCAAAGUACCGGAUUUGGGGAAGAGAAAAAGGAAGGCAAUGACUUUUGAGCAACUGAGAGAAGAGGAUAUCAUGUAUGACUCUGUCGUAUUCGAUUUGGGCCUGCCUUUCUCAGCCAAAUUAAAGAAAGGCGCAGCCGAAAUAGCAGACAGAGAUCCGAAGAAAGAGAACAUCGCUUGUUUCCUCCGAACGAACUAUUUCUGCGCCCCUCUAAAUCCUAAGUUCAAGCAAAUGCGAAGCCUUGUUCACGAACGCCUUUACAAUCUCCGAAAUUCCUUCGAUAUUCAAGGAAAGCCGGUAGUCUACGGCCUUCGCGAACCACCCAUUGAUCCAGGAGCCUUGAUAGCUCUUAGCAAAGGAGGCAUGGGAGUAUCUGAUAUCCUCAGCAUGGUUUCUGGGGAACGAAAUAGUCCACUACCACGGCAGCGUUUUGAUGCUCUUCUAAAGCAGGCCUUAGCAUUAUGUACCGAGGUACGCAAACUUUCAGGGCGCCUUGUAGCCGUAGUUGAAAAGAAAGAGAUGGAAACUUUCAACAUCGGGAACGCCCAGCAUGCUUCAGUCAUACAGAAAAUGAUGCUGGAUAUCAAGAAUGUUGAGCUUGAAGAGGCACAACAGACUGUCGAAUCGCUCUUGAUCAAUCGUAGCUCGCUAGAGGCGCAAUUGAAUUACUACCUCCAGCUUAUCGGCGAGCCAGAUUCCAUGAUCCCAAAGCCCAAAGAUAAUUGGGUAGAUAUUCAGCAAAGUAUCGAUACCCCCACACAAGACGAACUUCGAAUGUCUUCAUAUGAGAAAGCGGAAAUGACACAAUCUCUCUCUGCUGGAGCCAAGAAUCGCGCGGCCGUAGCCACUGAUGCACUUUCGAUACCUCUUUAUCUCGUUCCACAAGCAACAACCAACUUUGAACCUCUUGGUGUCGGUGGAUCCAUUUCUUUCGCUGGAAGCUCCAUUGCUGAUGCAGUAGCGGCUGGGUCCACACUAGCGAGAGGAAUUGCAGCUGUUCUAGUAGACGAAGCCGGUCGAGCAGACAAGAAAGCUAGCCUAACGAUGCAGUUACGGGAACGAAGACUCGCAGCAAAUAUGAGUGGCCGUGAAAUCAAGUCAAUCGACAAGCAGGUCGAAAUCCAGAAAAUCCAUAUCACUUCAAUCCAGAAGGACAUUGAAAUACAACAAUCCGAAAUAGAAGAUGCAGCUGGAGCCGAGGAGUGGUACCGUACCAAGUAUACCAGCGAACAAUUGUAUACAUGGAUGGAGAAAAUUUUCAGGAAUCUUUAUUUCCAGGCUUAUGAACUUUCAAUGACCAUGGCACUUCGAGCGGAGAGCUCGUUCAACUUUGAAGCUGGCAGCAAAAGUUCGAUAAUCAACAAGGGGGGGUAUUGGAAUCCUUCUCAAGAUGGUCUUCUAGCUGCCGAAAGUCUUUAUCUGGACCUGAGACGACUCGAAAGCGCGCAAUUAGAUUGUGCAGCUGCUGAUUACAACAUUAGUAAGAGUGUGUCUCUGAAAGACUUUGAUCCCAUGGCGUUGAUGAAACUCAGAAUCACUGGAACAACGGACUUCUCCAUUGGCGAACUCCUUUAUGAUAUGGAUUUCCCCGGUCAUUACAUGCGCAGAAUUCGAUCUGUUAGUGUCUCAGUACCAUCAGAUAUAGAGACUGGAACUAACACGAAUGCCGUCUUGACAUUGCUAGAGCAUAAGUAUCGCGUAACACAAAACGCAGCUGACUAUGCUGCUUCCCAAUCUGCCACUGGAAGUGAAUCAUUUAGAACCGACAGAAUUCCGAUAACAGCAAUAGCCGUAAGCUCUGGUGCUAAAGACCCUGGAGUGUUUGAGCUUGACUUCUCUGGUCCCCGAUACAUGCCAUUCGAGGGCGCCGGCGCUAUUUCAGCAUGGCGUCUAGAAUUUCCGGCACCAAUUCGUCAUUUCAAUUAUGAGUCUAUUACUGAUGUGCAACUACACAUACAGUAUACUGCGUACGAGGGAGGUCCAACACUGAGAAAGGCGGCGAAAGACGCAGUUGUCCAAGCAGCUCAAUCCAUUGAAGCUCAAGGUCAACAUCAAGGAUACUGGGCACUUUGGGACCUCAAGACCGACUUUGCUGCAAAAUGGGUAGAUUUUGGAAAGACUCUUCUUACUACCAACGUGGAAGCGACCCUAGACCUUGGCAAUUUGAAAGACCGUCUGCCUUUCUGGUCACGUCAUCAAAAAGAUCUCCAGGUUCAGUCCUUCACGUUGAUGUCUCGGAACAAAAACGUAAGGGACAGAUUAAGUAUAUCGGUGGAUCCAAAUUCACCUGCAUACAACGGAACCGAUGGUAUCUACUCGGGUGAUCUCUUUACCAGAAAAUGCGACAUGACUGAAAAGAACUUAAAUUGGAAACUCAAGGCGAAAGCAGUUCCAGUUGCCGCGGUUGCGAGCGAGAAUGUUUAUCUGUUUGUUCGUUAUAUUUAUGUUGGGAAAGAUAUCUCAUAA